GACCAACCAGGCUGGAGGCAGCAGCGAUGGAGUCUGGAGGAGGCAGCGGUGCAGAUUUAGGGAAAAAUAGAUCUACGAUUGAUGAAGGAGGUGAAGAAGUUGGGUUUUAUGGAAAGGGAAAUAUAUUCUGUGAAAUUGCCUGGAAAUCCAAAGCUUGGUGAAGGGAAACCUGAAAAUCAAAAUCAUGCUAUUAUAUUUACACGUGGAAAUGCAAUACAGACCAUUGAUAUGAAUCAGGAUAAUUACUUUGAGGAUGCUUUGAAAGUGAGAAAUCUUCUUGAAGAAUUUUACCGUGACCAUGGAGUUCGCCCCCCUACUAUUCUUGGUGUUAGGGAGCAUGUGUUUACUGGAAGUGUUUCUUCUUUAGCAUCCUUCAUGUCUAAUCAGGAAUCUAGCUUUGUGACUCUUGGCCAACGUGUUCUAGCAAAUCCUUUGAAGGUUCGUAUGCAUUAUGGUCAUCCAGAUGUCUUUGAUAGACUAUUCCAUAUAACUAGGGGUGGUAUCAGCAAAGCAUCUCACGUCAUAAAUAUUAGUGAAGAUAUUUUUUCUGGCAUUAUCUGGGGUUGGUGAAACGAUUCAAGAAAGAGCAGAUAUAUUUGAUAAUACUGCACUAAAUGCUGCUCUCAAUGCACAGUUUCUUUUUCAGAUUGGUGUAUUUAGUGCAGUGCCAAUGAUUUUGGGUUUCAUCUUGGAACAAGGAUUCCUGAGAGUAUGUUAUUCAUCUCUUGAUUUUCAGCGGUUAUCAUUUAUUCAAAAUGCAGCUAUUCCUUCAAAAAGUUUAUGUUUCGUAUAAUUGUUAUUUAUUUCUUUGGAAAUGAAUGCCAGAUCAUUGU